CCGGCCUCAUCUGUCACCGUUUGUAGACUGGACUGCACUGAAUCGCCAUUGUACCAUUUGCUAUAGCAGCAGCGAUGAUGCAAGUUGAUCACUCGGAACAUGUGUGAACAAAAGCAAGCAUGUGAAUCACCAUCAUCCAACAGUGAGGCAGCGUCACACACAACCACCAGGAGACAUCAGCCCGGACUAUGACAUGCUAGCAGUGAACAGCAAUAUUCAGAUGAAUAGACAUCUUUCGCCAACUGGUUACACUCAUUUCAACACUGACACUUCUCGUAUUGUGCAACACUGUAGUGAUAAAAUGCUGGUGCAGCAGAACCCAAGCUUUUAUUGGCAACUUCUGAUUUAAGAGCUGUGACACGUGCAGGAUCUGGGCAGAGAGUGAGACUCAACAACCAUGUCGGUGGCAUUCAACAGCGAGUCAAGUGAGAUGAAGUACAGCAACCUGGACUUGAUAGAGACGGACAGUUGGUUCAGAAGCCAGAGGAGGUCCACCACUGCAGAGCGCUGGAUGAGACCUUCUGCAGUGUGCUCUGUGCUCCUGGUUCUUCUCCUGCUCAUUGGGAUUCUGACCCUGGUGGCCCAAAAUACAGGAAGGAGCAGCACUCAGCCAGCAAGUGAGAGCUUGAAGUCUCAGUGGGAGAACCUGACCAUUCAGUGGCUCCAGCUGCAAGAGAAGUGCCAUGCACUGGAGAAGGAGAAGGAGGCCAUCAAAGCCGAGCGGGACGUCAUCAGUGUGGAUCGAGACUGCCUGAGAGCAGAACGGGAUGCCCUCAAACCAGAGAGAGACACCCUGAAAAACGAGACCAAAGUCUGCGCAGCUGAUAAGCAAAGGCUGGGAACUGAGAACAAAGUCCUUCUAGCUGAGCGAGAUGGUCUCAGAGCUGAGCGAAACCAGAUGAGGGAGGCAAACAAGAACCUGACUGAAGAGAUCGAAGGACUGAAGAGGAGGUAUGACAACUUGGUGAGACACAUGGACCACACUCUAAAUGGCACAGACAAAGCUUGUCCUGUUGAGUGGCUGCAAUUUGAAAGCAGCUGCUACUACAUCUCCGCAGCUCAGGAGCCCAAACGUUGGCUGACCAGUAAAAAAGAAUGUGAGAAUCUAAAUGGACACCUGGUGAUAAUCGACUCCAAACAAGAGAACGACUUUGUCUCCAAGUUCUUCCAGCACAUCUGGAUCGGUCUGUCAGACAGGGAUAAGGAGGGAAAGUGGAAGUGGGUGGACGGCACCGCGCUCACUGGCACCAACUACUGGGCGUCAGGGGAGCCCAACAACGCAGACAGCAACGAGGACUGUGCGGAAUUGCUGCGAGAUUCCAAAGAAUGGAAUGAUGUUCCAUGUGGGCAAACCUUAUCGUUCAUUUGUGAGAUGUGAGGAAGCCCAUCAGAACCAUCAGAACGGAGCUGAGCACCGAGCUGUGUUGCUCUGUGGAUCCACAGGUGUCGCUUAUCUGUUUCAUGACGCCAGAAACCAGAUGAUCUCAAUCACACGACAAAAAAGAAUGAACAUCCCACUGUUUGUUGACAACCAUUUGAUUUUUUUGUCAUCUGCUUCAGUCUGAAUAAAGAUAGAGAAAAAACACCUUUCAGAUUUGUCACGUGUUAUUCACGUGACAGGCGACCAUAUAAAUGCAACUAUCGUGUCUUUGAAUGAA